CGCUCCGACUGCGCUCUUUCCGCUGCGCCCCCUGCACUGGACAACAAGCUCACCUACCCUCCUGCUCAGUCCACCUCUGACCACCAGGAGGGACGCUGCUCCCCGCCGUCACCUCCACCUGGAAGUUUUUUGGGCACGUUUUCCAACACAAAAAAGUGAGAUUUGGCCAACAGCCGAGGGCGCAAGAAGAUGCUGGAUCAUUGUAACCGAACUGUUCUAUCGCUGCUCUUUGGAUGCCUGGCUUGUCUCGUGCUGACCUCUGUGAAUGCAGACGGUCGAGUGUUCGUGUUGGACCUGAGGAACUCCUCCGGCCUGCAGGGUUUCAGAGACGCUGAGCGGGCUUGUGCCUCCCGACAUGCCCGCUUGGCAUCGUCGGCGGAGCUCCGCCAUGCUGUGGUGGAGUGCUUCUUCUCCCCGUGCACCCGUGGGUGGCUCUAUGGAGGCACAGUGGGGACCACAGUGUGUAAUGUGGUGGGCAGUGCACUGAAAGCAGUGGAUGUGAGAACAGAAAAUGCCACAGAGCAUGCUGCACACCUGGAUGCCUUCUGUAUCAAAGACAAAGGUGUGCCGUGUGGUGACCCACCAUCCUUUCCUAAUGCCCAGUUACAGGGGCACUCUGGGUAUGAGAUGGGAGAUGAGCUGCUGUACACAUGUAUGCAAGGUUACGUGAUGCCCAGUGGGCACAGAGCCUUCAGCCUGCUGUGUGAUAGCUGUGGAGAGUGGUAUGGACUGGUGGAGAUAUGUGUCAAAGACAAGACUGAAAGUCACAUAGACUAUGAGGACAAGUUCACAGAUUCCUAUGGAGAGGCAGCACACCACAGUGAGAGGCCAGAGGAGGCUCGUGGUGAGGUGUAUGAGGAGGUGCACGGAGCUACAUACCCUGAGGGGAAAAUGAAUCAGGAGCAGCAAGAGACGAGUUUCAGUGUUGAUGUCAGGGAGGAACAUCAGGACCAACAUAGAGAACAAGAAGUGGGAGGGAGAAAAUUUGACGGAGCUGUAGAAGAAGGAGAAAAAGAGGUGGACCAGGCUGCUGAGGACUUUAUAGGACAUCCAAGCUGGGAGCAGGAGAGGAGGGAGGUGGUCAUGACUGAUGCAGCUGCAGCUACAGAAGCACCUGUCUCUAUCCUCUCCCAGAAACACCUCUUCUGGUUCCCCUCCGAGGCCUUCCAGGAUGAGGGACAUCCUGUCUCCACCAAUCCAGUCACACAGACUACACAGAGAGCCUCAGGUGCCCAAUCAGAGGAGAGUAAAGAGCACGAGAGCCAAGAAAGGCACCACCACCAGCAUCCCAUUGAUGGAGAUGACCAUGAUCACAAUCCAGACAGCUAUGAUGAUCACGACACAGAUGACCAAGAUGAUCAUGAUGACAGCAACCAUGACGACCUGGAUGCCCAUGACAACAGCCACCAAGUUGGCGGUCACCAGGACGAAGAUGACCAUGAUGAUCCUUUGAAACAUUAUAUUCCAGCUCAGCAUGAUCAUCUGGAUAGACAGGACCACCAUGAAAAUCAUGAUGACCACGAUGACCAUUAUGACAUGGGUGAACAUGAGGAGGACCGUGAUCACAUUCGCUACGGCAGCCAGGAGUAUGAUGAUCGAGAUGAUACUUACGAUGAACAUGAAAGCUUUGAAGAUCACGACGAUGUGACUGAAGAUCAUGGUGACGAUGAUCGAGAACAUCCUGAUGCCUCGAAGGAACAUCCAGACCAUGAUGACCAUGAUGAUGGCAAGGAGCAUUAUGACCUGGAGGAGGACGAUAAUGACCAUUACACUGAUCACGAUGAUCACGAUGAUCACGAUGAUCAUGAACACGAUGACCAUGACAGCUACGACGAUCAUGAUAGCCGUGAAGAUGUUGAUGAUCGUCAACAUGUCAUCUUUUCUAUAGCAACAGAUGAACAUCAGAAUGUCACUCAGAAGGGAGACGGAGGAAAGGCCACCACAGAUGAGACCUGGCUGGACGGCUACCCUGUUGUUCUAGCAGAAACCGAAAAUGGGGACUCCACAACAAAAAGGGUAAGACCAGAGGAUAGAGAAAAGGGGACAGCAGACAGACCCAAUGACGUGGAAGCUGGUCGACCCGCCUCAUACACCAGCUCACCAGAGGUGCACGAGCCUCCCACCACAGAGCCUGCCUUAGAGCAAGGGAGAGUGAAGAAGAUGUGGCCUGGCUUCAUCCCCACGGCUGCUCCCUCCCCUGACCGCUCACAGCCCUCAGACUCCUCCAUAUACCCUGACAGCCAGGACUAUGACACACAACAAGCAGCUCCCACACACUCCUGGCUUGGUGACCUCACUGAGCACCCCUUCCUCGAUCACCACCCAGCUCCACCGGUGCACAACGGUGAUAUCCUAGUGGAGGAGCACACUGUGCGCAGCCUGCCCGGUGAGACUGGCGAGAGGAGUGAGAUGGAGGGAGAGCUGGGGGAAAACAUCUGCACAGGUGAAAACUGCCCCCCUCCGAGCUCCUCGAGUCGAGGUCCCACGGUGGCAGCCAUAAUUGUGGUGGUGUGUGCUGUGGCGGCGGCGGUCAUUGUCGGGGUGUGGUGUUACCGACGGCAACAGCAGAAGAGCUCAAUGUACGAGAUGAAUGGGAAGGGCCAAAGUCAGACCAGACAGGGCCAACACAUAGAGAUGCAGCAAAAAGUUUAAGAGUGAGAGGUGAGGAAAGAGGGGCACUGAUGGAGGACAGAGACUUUUAGGAGGGAUGGGAAGAUUCAGAUGAAUUAGAGAGGAAAGCACAGUCCCUCAUCUUGCUUGAAAAUACUGCAUAAUUGAAGAUUUUGGGCUGGUAUGAACAGAUUUGAAGAGUGAACCCUUGCCUUAGUGAUGCAGAGAAUUUUGUAAACCAGUAAGAUCUGAUGUAAUGAAACCUGAGUGAAACAAGAUGGUAGCAGUCCUGCCUGUCCCACUCAUCGAUUUCAAAGAAUUUUACCCAUCUUUGUUGUACCCCCCCCCCCCCCCCAUCAUUUUCAAAGCUCUGACAUCUAGCAGGACAGGUGGAGGGGCUGUGUGUGGACUGGAUCAACUCCAGGAACUGAAAAAUGAGAUUAUGAGGAAAUGACCAUGUAGGAAAACCACAAGAAGGCAUGCCUGCCCACCUGAUUAUAUGAACUGAGACCUCCAAAGUUCUUGGACAUUGUGGUAAAGAUUCUCUGUUACCUUGCUGUUGUUUUUGUUGGCUUCGUUUGUCGUUGAUUUAGCUGUAUUGUUCUUGAUUUUUAAUCUUUUGUGUUGGAUUGAGUGUUGUGUUAAUGAAAAAAUUGUUUUCCACUUGUUGAUACAUGACAACAGCGCUGAAGUUCAGAACACUUCAGAUCAUCGCAGCAGAUUUAGGCUGGUUGUCCCAAGUAAACAAACUGCCUUCUGUCAAACCAGUGUGAACAGAAAAAUGAUGAUGAUGAUGGUUAGACCAGAUUAGAGAGUCGAAUGAGCGGUUUGUAAGUGUGAGAAAGAAAGAUGACAGGUGAAACAUUUUAAGAUCUGUUGGUUUUGACAGUCGGCUGGUAAAAGAUGUAGAGCGGGUGUCCACACUGCAGACUCAGCCCCUGUGUGUGUGUGUGUGUGUGUGCAUGUGUGUGUGUGUGUCUCAGGUUGGUGCAAUCCGCCCGUCAGUGGUGCGUCGUGUUUGCUGGCGGCAUUCAGGCCAACCAGAGAUCAAACAUUGUGAUGCUGCCAUGGUAACAGAGAGAAACUGAGAUCAGAACCCCCAGUGUUAUAGUUAUACAGUUCCAGUCAAAUGUUUGGACACACCUUCUCAUUCAAUAUGUUUUCUUUAUUUUUAUUAUUUUCUGCAUUGUAGAUUAAUACUGAAGUCAUCAGAAGUAUAAAAUAACACAUGGAAUUAUGCAAUAAAUAAAAAAAUGCAAACAAAGCAAAAUAGGUUUAGAGUUUAGCUUCUUCCAAGUAGCUACCUGGUGCUAACAUUAGUCACCUGGAAUGCUUGAAUGGGGUUCCCAUAGAUGCUCAGCAAAUCACUCUUACUCAUCACCCUGUGGUCCAACUCAUUCCCAACUGUCUCCGUUGGGUUUAAAUCUGCACAAACGUUUGCACUGAUGAUCCCAAAGCCUUUAAGACCCCACUGAUUAACCUUUGGCAAACCGUAUCUGUUAAAUGAGAAGGUUUCCAGGUGAGUAAUGAAGCUGCUUGAGAGAAUGGUGGCUCAUGAUGGCUUUUUUGAAGAAUCUAAAAAUAUAGAACAUGUUUUGGUUUGUUUAACACUUGUUUGUUGGCUAAUGAAAAUAAAGAAAAACCAUUGAAUGAGAAGGUAUGUCCAAACUUUUGACUGGUACUGUUAAGGAUUAAUAAAAGUCUACAUAUUACGACGGUUUUGGUUGUUCAAUGAAAAAUGUAAUUAGAUUAGUAAGCCUGUGACUUUGGGGUAGAAUUAGGGCUGGACCACAUGCCCUAAAAUGUAUAUCAUGAUAAAUUAUUACUUUGACUUUUAUUCUAAAUUCAACGGUAAAUAUUUUUUCAAUACAUCAAUGGAUUAUAUUUCCUGCUGUUGUCCAGAUAAAUCACAGGCGUAUCUGGACUGGGGGAGGGUUUGUUUAUUUAACAAGAGGUUCGAUAUUGUUGACUGUAGUUAUUUUAAUUUUAAAUUUGGAAGUUCAGACAGCUUGCUUAUUGAAAAACUGCUAUAUGAGUAAACUUAGUUUGGUUAGAAAUUCAUAAUGUGUGUAAUUUUCCAAAUUUGGUUUAUCGUCCAGUCCUAGUUCAAAAAAUGAAGGAUUUUAUAGUCGAAUAUAGUUCCGUAUGAUUGUGUGAUAUUUAGACUCCUGGUGUUUCCGUACUGUGUCAAAUACUUGAGAGCAAUGUCAAAUGUUAGGGGGGAAAAAAAGCUCAUUAAAAGGUGCAAAUGUAAAUAAAUUCAUGUAGCCACAAGAAGGUUUAAACUUAGAUGUUAGAGUUUGUAAUUCUGUUGACGUACAAAAUGAAUUAUAUGAAGAUAACUUACAUAGAAAGUGCUUCACUUGUAAAUGUGGAAGUGGGUGGUGGCUUGUACAUGAGGCGGCUUUACAUCCAGUGUUCACAGCUGAUUUCAAUAAUUAUUGACUUAUUCCAAAUGAAUCAAAGCAUUUUCACCCGUGUUUUUUAUUUCUGUAUUGUAGUGUCUGAAACUGAAUUGACUGAAUGUCCUCAUGUGGUGGGGGACUUGGGGAAUGAAGUUGUCUAUAUGUUUCUGUAUAUAUGAACUGUAAUAACUUGCUGUACAUGCAGUACUGUAGCAUUACUGGUGUGUGGGGAAUAAAUUUGACUUAUGUUUCUUCACUAAGACAGUCAAGCACAGUUGAUAGUAGACAUUACCUCUGCAUGUCUUACACAGGGUCAGCUCAUCUCCACUUUAUUAAAAAAUCUAUUCUGCUGCCUUUUCCCUCACCUACUAUUGAACACUGCUGUUCAAACACAAGUACUGUACUGUGAUAACAUAAAUAAAGACCACAUUGUUCAUUAUCAAGCAAUGACCUGGCAUACACGCCAAAUGAUGCACGACUGUGGACUGAUCCUAAUCAUCAAAAAUGUUACAGAGAUCACCAGAUUUAUGUGAAAAAACAUGAUAAAUCUUAAGGGAAGCAAAAAGAAAAUGACUUUUUUCCCACAUUGCUGACUCUCAUUCACAUGAUGCUGAUAUUCCUCAUGUCUCUUUCUUCUUCAUCUCAAACAGCCUGAUGUGUGUGAUGUCAGGAUGAAAUGUGUACUGUGUAUGUGUUCGCUAAGUCACAAUAAA